GCGGCGGUGGCAGGAUGAGCCUCCGAACCAAGGUCGUCGCCUUGGACAUUGAGGCGCCUUGCAACUCGAGCGUCGCCUUCGAGCCGUCCGACCUCGUCGUCUUCGUCCUCGAUACCCAUGGCAUCAAGCAUUCUCGCCACGUCACCAUGCGCAACCUCCACACGCGCCGCCCAACGAUCUUUAGCGUCAAGACGCUCAACCCGGAGCGGCUCCUCAUCCAAAGCGGGACGCCGUCGACCGAGUCGGGCGAUGGCGCGUGCCGCGAGUCGCUGGCGUUCCGCGGCAAGGACAAGAGCGCGGCGAAAGACCACGCGUGGGCGACGGCCUGGAAAGCCCUCGGCCCACGCGACGUUGUGUCCAAGAACUUUAUCAUGCGCUUUGAACCCACAAUCGAGUUUACGAGCCAUACGCCGCACGUGCUCCUGCAGUCGGGCGCGAGCGUCCUCUCGCAGACGUCAGCCUUCUCCGUGGACCCGCCGCCGUCCGAGACGAAUCUGUCCCACGCCCACUUUCUGACCUCGAUCGACGACUCGGCGCCGCUGCCGCUACCCGCCUCUGUGGUUGUCCCGAAGAAGGCUUCGUCGCCGACACCAAAGACGCCGAGUGCGCGACCGCUGCCGUCGCAGGUCGUGCCGUCGCGCGUCAAGGCCGACCGGUCCGGCCUCCUCGUGGCCAUCACGCCGGCCGCCGACGUCUUGCCUUUCACCGUGCCAGCCCACGACGCCAACGUCGGGUCCUGCGACGUCUCGAUCGAGAACCGGUGCUCCAAAGUCGUGGCGUACACCGUGCGGAUUGAGAGCAAGUUCAAGUGCAAGGCCGUGCCAUUCAAAGUAGGCUGGCUGGACGGACCGGACAAGACCAAUGUCCGCCUCGAGCUCGCGCCGUCUCUGCAUAAAGAGCUCUUGCAGCGUCUGCGGUCGCACGACGCGUCGCCGCUGCCGCAAUACAAGGUGCGCGUCCAGUGCAUGGAGCUCGAGCUCAGCGAGAUCGCGGCCAUGACGGCCUUGCCGUCGUACGACCAGACGAUCGAGUACCUCAAGGACCUCUGGCACCACGCGUCGGACGCCAACAAGAAGAUUCUUGUCCACAAAUACGUCACGUCGUUUGCGCUCGAGGUGACGGCGCCCGUGCCGAUUGACCGGUCGUCGGACGCACCGGCCUUGCGCCGCCAUGACACGGACGAUGACGUCACGACGCCCGACGAAGGCCGCGCGUCCGAAGUGAGCGAGUGCGCGUCGUUCCAGACAGCGUUCACGCGGGCGCCACCGAUGCGGCCCAUCAUGACGCCGCUCGAGCAUUUGCAGUACCAGCGGUCGCUCAACCAGCACUUGUUGCCGCGCAACACGAUCGACGACUUUCGGGAAACACUGUUUGAUGACAUGCCGCCGUCGUCCGGGGACGCGCCACCGAGCGAAUUGGGGCCGUCGACGGCCGUCUUGGAGGGCGUCAAGGAAGGCGACGACGAAGACGCGACUUCGAGCCACCUCUCGAACGCGCCGCCGCUCGAGCGACCGUUUGCGACAAGUGUCGACACGAGUCGCUUGCGAUCCGCGAGUCCGUUGCGCCGGCAGCUGUCGGCCAGCGUCGGCGACAAACCCAAGCCGGCGGCGACGACCAAGAUUGACCUCUUGGCACCGAUGGACGACGACGCUUUGGAAGAAACGCAGGACGCCUUGGAGCCGCUGCCCGUGCACUUUGAAAAGCCGACCGAGUACGAUAUGCGCAGUAGCACGGUCGCGAACCGGGAUACAGUCGCGCACGCCGAGUACCUCCCGAUGCCAGAGACCAUCGCCGAGGCGAGCGCGAGCCCGCGCCGGAGCAGCGUCCGCUUUAGCCUCGAUGACAUGGACAUUCUCGCCUCCAAGUACAUGCCCGUGGCAGUGACAACGACCGCCAAGCCGAAGCCGUCGUUGUCGCUGGUGCCGCCACCGCCCGUCGUGGCCGCGCCCGUCGUGCACCCGCCGGCACCGGUCAUGUGGGCACCGAUGCCGACGGCGUCCAUGUCACCGCGUCAUGACGUCAACAUCAUGGCAUCGCCGGUGGUCGCGGUUGCGAUCAACAUGAAUACGCCGCGGUCGUCACUGCACGUGGCCGAUGACAUGACGAGCGAGGCGUCGAUGACGGUCGACAACGCGUUCGCGUCCUUUAUGGGGCCGUUGUCGCCGGCGCCGUCGUCACCACGGGCGUCCGUGUCGCUCUCCGGCGACAUUGACACACUUCCCACGCGCCCUGUCGUCGUCGUCCUUCAAGAAACGACCGACGACGACGACAACGACGACAACGACCACGACCAUGGCAACGACAAGGACGAGGCACCGGUGCCGACAACGCCGGUCGCCGACCCCGAGGCCAUUAUUGCUGUCGAAGCGCCUACCGCAGACGAGGAUGGUCCGUCGAGCCCGUCGUCCAAGGCCCACACGAUCGACGAUGCCAAUUCUGGCUUUUCGAUUCUGACCUUCCCCGAACCCGCUGCCGCCGGCGAUGCGACGGCCGACGACGACGCCCACGAGUCGGUGCCCGACUCGUCGACAGGCGAGCUCGAACCCGUGCGCCAAGGCAGCGGGCGCAGCUUCUUUCCGAAAGCGAUCCUCAAGACCUUUGCGUUCAAGGAGACACCGGACGACCAUACCCCGCUCGAGAUGCCGGACGAAGCGUGGAUCCGCCAGUCCGAGUACGACGCGCGCCACGUCGAGCAGCCGCCCAAGAAGAUGAAGUCGUUCUUGCGGGCGUUUGAAAAGAACUAUGCAAUGUCGAUGCCGACGCCAACCGGUCUCGUGAGCCUCUCGCCGCAAACGCUCUUGUACCACUUGGACGUGGGCAAGAAGCCAACCGGCAAAGUGACGCUCCAGAACACGUCGGCGCACUGCGUCGCCUUCAAGAUCAAGACGGCGCAGCCGCAGCGCUACAAGGUCCGGCCCAACCAAGGCUACAUGGAGCCGCAGACGAGCUUUGCGAUCGACAUCAACUUGCACCAAGUCGCGUACGACGAGCUCAUGUGCUAUAGCAACGUCGAGCUCAGCGACGUGCGCGACUGCCUCCUCGUCGAGACGAUUGCGAUGCCCAACAAGAAGAACGUGCUGUCGCUCAAAGCGUCCACGGACCCCAACAGCCUCCUCAAAGUGCUCUGGGCCAACACGGACAAGAAGUCGAUCCACGCCUCCCGCCUCUUUUGCGAGUAUGCGUUCGAUGACAGCCAGUACCAUAGCUUCUCGAGCUCCAACACCGGGUCUUCGUCCUUCAUGGCCAAGGACGCGGUCGGGCCGCGCCUCGAUCGGAUCGAGAGCCUUCCGUCCAUGGACGAAGGCCAUACGCCGCCGCCGUCGCCGCGCCGCCAUAUCAAGAAACCCGUGCUCCGCGACGCCUUUUAGAGUCGAACUGAAUAGAGUGUUGUUGUUAUUGUUGUCGC